UGAAACCUAGAUGUUAGUUCUUUACGAUGACUCGAGGCGAAGUUUUAAUUGCCAUCUUAGUAGCAUUUGCUGCGUUUGUAAGAGGACAAAAUAGCAACAACUAUUUUUCAACAUUGUUUCCUGAUGGAAAGACGUUGGUUUAUAAUUACAAUGGUGAUUUGAAAACUGGAUUAGAUAAACCUGCAACAUUUGUACCACACUACUCAAUAAUAGGAAAAUUUCACAUCACAAGUUACAUCGGUGACCCAAAUCUUAAAAAUGCUUUCAUUCUAACUCUUAAAAAUGCUAAGAUUGGUUUUCAAAAUAGAGAAGUUACACAUUUUGAUCAGAACAAGUCCCAUAAACCCGUUCCUGAAGCUGCUAAAGUAAUUGAAGAACCAUUUCUUGUUGAUUUCAGUGAAACAGGCGAGCUUGAAGGUAUCAAGUUUUCUGAACAUGAACCAGUUUGGUCUAAAAACAUGAAAACUGCAUGGGCUUUAAUGUUUCAACUAAACAUUGAAAAGAUAACUUUUAAAUUACCGGCAACAAGUCAAAGCUUCGUUACUAAAGAGAAAAUGAUUAAUGGUGAAUGCAAAACUACUUACGACAUUAAUACCGAGUAUCCUGAUUUAAAUGAAACCCUUACCUGGAUUGUUACUAAAUUUACAUCUCCGACAGAAUGUAUCAACUACAAGCCCUAUGUGUUAAAUCAUGUUGACAUAAGGAUUUGUGCAGUACCAGAAGAAGAAAUGGUAAACGCGGCCAGUAAAAAAGUUUAUGAAAUUCAACAAGAGAAAAAUAAAAAUUUAGUACUUCGAAAACUCAGUGCUUAUGGAGAAGUUAAUUUCUAUCCUUUCUAUAACAGAUCAAAUGCUUAUAAUAUUUGGGACAAAGCGACUUUUAUUUUGGAAAAUGUCAUAUCGUCAGAAUUUACGUGGCCAGAGUUUGAUUUCACCAAUGUAUCGCUGAUAACUGACUUUUGGCUAUUGCCAAAAACAUAUCAGACAGAAAAUACAGUUUUCGAUGUUACUAAUGGGCGCCGCGUUGUCGAUCAGAAGGCUUUGAUGACAGAAGUACAAAAAUUAUUGAACGACGCUGCAAAUUAUCUCCAAGAAAAUCAUAUUGAAGCUGAAAAUACCAACUGGCAACAUAGUAAUAUUAUCAAGAACAUUUUCGAAGCUAUGAAAUACUUCAAAGUUUCAUCUUUUCAACUAGUCUUCUCUGAAAUAAAGAAUACAACAACUAGUCAUAAAACCAUUGUCAGGAGCCUGUUUUUAGGUAUUUUACCUCAACUAGGAACUACGGCAGCAAAUAUCUUUCUAGUUAACACGAUAGCAAAGAGAAAAGUAACUGAUUUCGAGGCGAUAGAAAUAUUCGCAAAGCUCCCUUUUAACGUACGAACGCCAACCGAAAAUCGUUUGUCUAAGUGGCAGCGUUUCAUCAUUUUCACUAAAGCUUUGUCUCCACAAGUUCAUAAAGCAAGCAUUCUCGCCUUCGGUACUAUGGUGUACAGAACAUUCCAAUAUACAACUGAAGACAUUGAAGAGCUUGAAAGAUAUUUGAAUUUCUUCUAUGAUCGCGUUAUUAAUGAACCAACUUACGAGAUGAAGGUUGUUUGGCUCGGAGUUAUCCACAAUGUUCAAGUGGGAAAUAUUUAUAAACUCCUAUCACCAAUUAUUCGCGGCGAAAUUAGCGUAUCUGAACGUCCAGAUUACAUCCGUUUGCUAUCAAUAGGAGCAAUGUUAAGAUCUCUUUAUUCAAAUUACGAUCACACUAUUGAUCUUCUCUGGCCUAUAAUGACUGACCGCACUCUUCCUCUGAAACUACGUCUUGGAGCAUACAAUAUUCUUCUUCAACAAUCACGUACAAUGACUGAUUUCCUGCGAAUCCACUGGUUCAUGAUCACCGAAACUAAUCAACAUCUUUACAAUUUCCAUCUAACGACCAUUAGGGGUUUUGCAAAUUCUGCCGGUCCUUGUAGCUCUAAAAUGCGAGAAUUUGCAAGGAAAAUUUUAUUUUUAACACCUGUUCAACCAGCUGUUCCUCAAUCUCUUUCAGCUUUGUACGAAGUUGAUACGAUAAAUUAUGAUGGCAAUGGCUUGCAAUUGAAAAUUACUGUAGUCAAUAAUGAAUUGACUGGUUUGCCUGAAAUAAUUUACUUGCAACAAUUUGAUCUGGAAGGUUUUAAAGUCACAAAUUAUUGGGCUCUUUACUUACAAUUUGAAGGCAUUACCAAUACUUUGAUGUCGAAAAACGACUUUCAGAAACUCAUCGCCGGACCUACUACUGAGACAUUUAUUUUCGAUUUCAUAAAAGAAUUCGUAACUUUCACAUCAUUGACUGAACAAUUCUUUUUAGACUUUCUAUUGUUUUACAGAGAUCAAAUAAUUAUGGUUGAGAAUUACAACUCACAAUCUUUCAAUAAUAUAUAUCAAGAUUUUAUGAAAGUAGUGAGAGCCUACAUAACACCAACCAAUAAUCAACCUCUUAAUCUCAACAAUAACUUUGAUUCGUACCAUGUUUAUUACCAAAAGGUUUUUGAACAGCAUUUAAUCAGUGACAUGGGAAUGCCUAUUGUUCUGAAAGCUCAAUCUCCGACUGUUUACUCUCAACAAAUAAAAAAUAAUAACAGUAUAAAUGGAAACACAACAAACAGCCUAGUCAUUGACACAAAAGCUUGGUUAUUUGAAGAAUAUUCUGCAUCAGUUUACAAUCCAAUAAUUGAUUCUUGGUAUUCUGUCAAAGAAUCAUCAAUUAUUAAGGCUAAUAUUUCUUUACAAGUUAAUUCCUAUUCCUAUUGUACACUUGAAUUUAUGAGAUAUACGUUCCCAAGAUUUUGGAAUGUACAAAUGACAAAAAAUAAAUCGAUUGUCUACAAUAAGAGUUGUAUCUUACACAAAGAAAAAUAUUAAUAUUUUACAAGAAGUAUAUAUAUAUAUCUUUAGCUUGUAACAAUAAAAAAAUUUUUUUCAACGA